UAAACAGCGUCUGCCUCACGCCAAAGUAGAGAGUGUUAAGAGAGAGAGAGAGAUCUGAACGGUUAUUUGGUAGAUUUGAUCAGAAUGUCUGGCGGCGAGGGAAACAACGGUGGAGGGAGACGCAAGGGGACGGUGAAGUGGUUCGACACCCAAAAGGGGUUCGGCUUCAUCACACCCGACGAUAACGGUGAGGAUCUCUUCGUUCACCAGUCCUCCAUCAGAUCUGAGGGUUACCGCAGCCUCGCUCCCGAGGAAUCCGUCGAGUUCGAGACCGAGGUCGACAGCAGCGGACGUACCAAGGCCAUCGAAGUCUCCGGACCCGACGGCGCUCCCGUUCUUGGAAACAGCGGCGGUUCGUCCGGAGGUCGCGGUGGUGGAUUCGGUGGUGGUGGAAGAGGAGGGGGACGCGGUGGUGGCGGUGGACGAGGAUACGGUGGUGACGGUUACGGAGGUGGAGGAGGUUAUGGUGGUGGCGGCGGUUACGGAGGAGGAGGUUACGGUGGUGGUGGCCGUGGAGGAGGCGGUGGUGAUGGGGCUUGUUACAAGUGCGGAGAGCCAGGUCACAUGGCGAGAGACUGUUCCCAAGGUGGUGGAGGAUAUGGAGGAGGAGGUUAUGGUGGUGGUGGUGGACGUGGCGGAGGAGGAGGCGGAGGGAGCUGCUACAGUUGUGGAGAGUCUGGUCAUUUUGCGAGGGACUGCACAAGCGGCGGUCGCUAAGUGAAAAGGUUAUGAAGCGGCUUGUAGAAGGGUAAAUCAGUCAUCUCGCCGCCUGCUAUCUCAAAAUAAUAUUUAUCUAUCUAUCUUCUGUCGUGAUGUGUUAGGACUUUGUGGGUUAUGAUGGUACUUGUGAUGUUUAAGAAUCUGGUUUCAUAUUUGCAUGUUUUAUCGAACUCUUGCUCUUGCUAAUUA